GAGGUGUUGACUGGCGAGGUGGCCGGGCGCCGGGAGCACCACCCUGGCUCUCGCAGGACCUCGAAGCUCUGAGGGUGCAAACACCAUGUCGGCGGCUACCAAGUGGUUCCGAGGGGCGCCCUUCGGGGUGCAGAGCCACAGGUUUGACGUCUCCGCUGUUUAUCCCAACCAGAAGAAAUGCAGCACAUUCACGGAGGCCCCAUACUCCUGGAGCCAUUCUGUGGCAGUGUCCCACAUAGGCCCUGGGACCUACAGCUGCAAGGAGACCUGCUUCAGCAAGAAGAAGUUGAAGAAGGAGGUGGGCACAGGCUGGGCCCGGGCACAGGAAGCCACCCGGCUCACUCAGCUGCCCCACUUCUGGUAUGAGGCCCUCAUGAAAGAAAGGUGGCUACAGGCGCAGGAGCUGGGGCCUGGCUCCUACAACAUCCAAGGCUUCCUGGAAGAGCUUCAGUGGAAGCCGAGCAGCACGCGAGGGCUGCUCAGCUCUGGGGAGACCCGCUUCUCAGGACUCAUAGGGAACUACUACCCAGACCCUGGGAAUUAUGGGGAGAAGGGCAACCCAUACACACGGCUGGAGGAGAGCGCCUGGAACCGGUCUCAUUCUGAGGGCGUCAUGUGCAAGAUGUCCAGCAAGCCACCCCCCUGGCCCCACGAGGGGAGCGGUCUGGGACCCAACACCUACUUCAUCAAAAGAGGCCUUGAGGAGUCCCUGGCACGCUCCAUGGGCACCCGAGGGCCCUAUGACACUUUCUCUGGUGACUGAAGCAAGCCCCUGCCUUACAGACAUUACUCUGAGCAGAAAAAAAAGCCCAAGGAACUGAUGAACUUCAAGAGUUUUGUGGAGGAACUCGACUCACGCCACAGGAAAAAGCAUGGGGUUUUUUCUAAAGUUCCUCGAAAUCCGGAAACCCCCACAGAGAGAAUUUUCUGGUCCACUCUUAGCCAGUGCCCCCAGAAACUAGCCACUUCUGGUCCGGGUUCCUGGCUUCCUCGGGAGACAGAAUGCAAACAUGUGAACCGGCCACCGUUCCUCCUGGCCUCCAAGCGGUCAGGCGUACGGGCUUCCCAGAUGCUUCCUGGGGGCUGGAAUCCAGUAGGGGUGGGCCGAUACCUCAACACCACACUGAUGGAGACCAAGGACACACGGCAGCAGUACUGGUCCCUGUACCUGGGCAGAUCCAAUCGCUAUCCUGCAGACCCUGCCUGGGACAAGAUCCUGCAGGAAAGGAUCACACCUGUGACAAAGGGCCGAUGUCAUCUGACUGUGGAUCAUAACUCAGAUCCCACUCCAUAGAACCUCAAAGGAGAGCCAGUGGCACCCACCCAGGGGGCCCAAAGCUGGAGGACAAAUCUGGGGGUGGGAGGAUGGCAGUGGGGGGAAGGAUAAUUGAGAAUGCCUGGGAGGGGGAGAGAUGUGGAGGGGUCAUCUUGACUGGAGUCAUAGGCCAGAGGUUACAGUGGGGUCACCCGGGGAUGGCUAUCUUUGGUUACAAGAGAUGAGUCGUCCUGAGAAUUCCGAUCACCCAGUGACAUGAAUGUGGGAGCCCAGACAGCAAGCAGAUGGACUGACAGAUUGGAAUGUGGGUGACCCCCAUAACUCCUCCUACCGUAAAGUCAGAGAGCUGGCUUCCUCUCAUUAAAGGCCAAAGGGAAGUGGGAGAGUGUAGCCUAUUACAUAUGGUAACCCUAGGCCCCUCCAGGAAUACCCUGUCUCCUUCUCAGGAUGUUCAAGAGGACACUGCUGGCCUCCAGGCUGUGUUGAGCCAGUGGGGACAACUGGUAGCUCUGCCCCCAGAGUCUGCCUUGUGGAACACCCCAGUGUAGCCCAAAGGUGGGCCUGUGCGGGGUGGUGACAAUAUUCAGUUUCUUUCAUCAGUGUUUCUUGUCAGUAAGAGAUUGGUUGGGAUGGGCAUUGGACUGUCCCUAGAAAAGAAGAGACUGAGACCCCACAGCUUCA